AUGGUUAAAGUAGCAAUUGUAGGAUGUUGUCAUGGUGAAUUAAAUAAGAUUUAUAAUUCACUUAAAAAUUCAUAUGUUGAAUUGCUUAUAAUAUGUGGAGAUUUCCAAGCUAUUCGAAAUUAUAGAGAUCUUGAUAUGAUAUCAGUUCCAAAUAAAUAUAAGCAAUUAGGAGACUUUCAUAGAUACUAUUCAGGGGAACUUAAGGCACCAGUGCUUACUAUAUUUAUUGGUGGUAACCAUGAGAGCUCAGGAUAUUUACAAGAAUUGAAAUAUGGCGGGUUUGUUGCACCCAAUAUCUAUUACCUUGGAGAUUUUGGAUCCAUUUAUUAUAAGGGACUUCGAAUUACUGGUCAAAGUGGGAUCUGGAAUGAACAUCUGUUUAUGAAUAGACAAGUUGAAACGAUUCCAUUUGAUAAUUCAACUGUUAGAUCCAUAUAUCAUAUUAAGGCGAAAACAUUCUUGAAAUCAUAUUUAAUGAAAGAUGAUAAAUGCAUAGAUAUAUCACUUUCACAUGAUUGGCCUCAAGAUAUAGUACAUUAUGGGGAUAUUAGAGGAUUAUUGAAAUAUAAACCUUUUUUCAAGAAUGAUAUUGAAACUGGUAAAUUGGGUAAUCCAUUAGCAAAGAUCUUAUUACAUAAUUUAAGAUCGAGAUAUUGGUUUUCUGCUCAUCUUCAUGUUAAAUUUUCUGCUAGUGUUGAACAUGAAAAUAAGAAAAGAAAGGGUAGUUUAACCAAUUCAUUACCAAUUGAGAAGAAAUUUAAAGAUGAUAUAAAGGAAGAAUCAAUUCAAAAUGAAAAGAAAUUAAAUUUGAUUAAUAAGGAAGAAUUAUCUCUUGACAUGGAUGAAGAAAACUUUUCAAACAAUGACAAUACACCUAAUAAAGAAGAGUUAUCUCUUGAUAUGGAUGAAGAAUACCUGUCAAAUAAUCAAGAGCCGGUAAAUAAAGAAGAAAUAUCUCUUGAUAUGGAUAAUGAAUUCUCAGAUGAUAAAGAAAUCAAUCAAAUAGGUAUUGCUACUAAUUUAACAACUGAAUUUCUAGCACUUGAUAAGUGUUUACCCAAGAGAAAAUAUAUUGAAUAUUUGGAUAUUGAAUCUACUAAUUCAUCCUCAGAUGAAAACUUAUACUUUGAUAAAAGAUCUAUUGCUAUUAAUAAAGUUAUAGAGAAUUUUGUAAAGCAGAAUUCCAGAGAAUGGGCGAAAAUCUCAAAAUCCGAUUUACUAUCAAUUGAUACUUCUUUAACUACAUUAGUAGAUGAACUUAAUCGAGAGAUAUCAUUUGAGGUUCUGAAAUUAAAUAAGCUUCCUGAUUCGGAAUUUGUUAUUGACCAAAAGAAUUUCAAAAUAAUUGCACCAAUAGAAUCCAGAUCGGAAAUUCCAUUGAAGUAUUGGCAAAAUAAUCAAACUGAUAAUUAUAUUUCUAAAUUUAUGAAAUAA